AUGGAUACUCAAGUUAUUUCAUCAAUUUGUUCGAAUAUCUUACCUCAAAUUCAUUUACAAGUACAUAAACUCACUGUUGAAGAGCAUUCAAUGAAACAAAUACUUUAUGCUGCCAAUUAUCCUCAACUUUAUUCAUUAUCACUUGUAAAUUUUCACGAAAUAACACUUCAUCGAUAUUUAACAGAUGAUUUAAUUUUUCGUGAUCUUUUGACCAAACAAAUAACUCAUUUGAAUAUUGAUAUUAUAAAACCAGUUGAAUUCUGCUCGGAAAUUAUUUCAAAUAUGUUUGCAUUAAUCUUAUCUUUAUGUAAAAAAUUAAUUGCAUUGAAUUUUUGUGAUAUGUUUCCUACACGACAGUUUCAGAGUCUUAUUUUCCAUGUUAUAUUGGAGAUUUUUAUAUCUUCAACUUUAAUGAAAUUGAAAAUUAAUGUUGUGAGUUUAAUUGAUUGUCUCUAUAUACUUGAUGGACCUUUCGUUUGUUUAUCAACAUUAAUUAUUAAUAUUGGACAAAUUUUUCAUAUAUGUCUACGUAUUGAUCCAACAAAAAAACUUCCUCAAUUGAAAUGUCUUUCAUUCACUGUACAAAGUACGACAUUUGAAUAUGAUGAAUUAAUUGUUCCAUUAUUUUGUCGAAUGAUAAAUCUUGAAGAAUUGAAAUUAUAUCUAUUAGUUGGAAGAUUGAAUUCAACUUAUAUUGAUGGUAUUCAAUUAUAUGACACAAUUAAAGAAAUUUACAUUUAA